AUGCAUUGGCGGACACCGGCGGCUGAGGCGAGUCAACAUUUGAGCCCCUUUUCCAUCUUCUCACAACAAUGGAGAAGAAUGGCAAAAAACAUGAAAAGAGUAAGUUACGAAUUCAUUUUUAACAUCACCUUAAUCAUACUUCAUCUUCUCGCUUCAGAAUCACAGAAGGAAGGUUUGUGGGCGCUUCCACCAAACUAUGGCCCCUAUCUCGCUUCGGACACAGACUUUCUCAAAGCAGCAGAGAUUAUGACUACUUACAUCUAUGGAGAAAGCUGUAAUGACAAUGACAAGGAGAUUCAGGCGAGACAUAAAGUUUUUAUGGCGCAUGGUCUAUGUGCAGUUGCGGCCUUGUGCGACCUCAUCACCGAAGACGGUGGACAUGAAAUUGAUCCUACGAGGCUGAGUUAUAGGUGA